AUAUUUUGUAGAGAUGUACCCUGCAGUUCGGAAAACGUUGGAAUCAUCAACGUCUAGAAGAGUGACUGAUCCUUAGAGAAGACAUUAGCCAGUGGUGAAUGAAUUCCAUGACAGUGCGCCUUGGAAUACCACGUGUAUUCGAGAACCAGUGGUUUAGUGGGUGAUGGGCGCUCAAUGCAAGUUGACCCCGAGGCAGGCUCCAACUUUGCGUCACUGUGAAAAAAAACGUCCACUUCCACAUCCUAAAGGGCAUUGUCUCCGAGUACAAAAAAUGCGAAAAAUCAAGAACCAAUUCCUCAUUCGCCGUGCACUAGAAAGACAUGGACCGCGCCGCCACUCAGCAUGCUGCCAUAUCCAAAACGGCCACGAAACGGACCUACACCCACAAGUGUGGCAGGUGUCGUACCGUUCUUGAAUAUGACACACACGCCGACUGGCCCACGAUCAACUUCCUUGUCGACGAGCACUAUUUCGCCUGUUCAAUCAAGUUCGACUUUCGUGGGCCUGCCCCAUCUCAUUUCCCUUCUGAACCCGAUGACACGCAGAACGCAUCGAGUCCUCCGCAUGACUCUAAUGAGAACAUGAGUGCCGAUGAAGGCAGGCACGAUGAACCAUUCGUCGUGGGUUUUAGCAAGCAGAGGAAAAGCGAGGCUCAGCGGAAACAGGAGCUCGAGGACGACGAGUACACCUACAAUGUACGACCCACAUCCGUCAGGUGCCGCGGGUGUGACAGAGAGAUUAGCCUCGACAAACGUUCGAGGUAUUAUCCAGGGUUGUGGAUGAAACAUCGAGGGAAGUGCGCAGGAGUUCAAAAGAACGAGAACGAGAAAUUCGCCCGAAGUGGAGACGGAUUUUGUCCGUCAAAUGCAGAACGGCGCCCGACAGCCACUGGCACUAGCUCAUUUGAGCUAGAUAAUCCCCGAACUGACGGCAUUUUGCGAGCGGCGAACUCUGUUGAGUACAAUGCCCCACGACCAAUGGGACUCUCGGAUAACGAAGAUCCAGAAGAGGGGGAUCGGGAUCAUAUCCCUUUCAGCACACUGAACCAGCAAUUUUAUAACGAGUGCUGGCAAAGGGGAGACAGGCCGUGGAAGUACCGGUACGCCACCACAAAGGAAAUCAUGGAGCAAACAUUGGGCGACAUUAGAUACUGAUAAUUUGUUGUGUGCACUUACUAGUGCCGAACGACCGCAUACUAGUGCUUUGCUGUUAAAGUGUUCCUUCCUGGCAACCA